UUGGGCCCUACAACUCCAAGCCCAUGAAGAUAGAACAAGUUCAUGGCGUAAUCGGACAACUCCGACCCGUGUCGCGUAGAGAGCAAUCUAGCGCCUUCCAACUCGAAAACCUCUCGAACCGGAGCUUCUUCUCACUCUCUCUCUCACACACAGUCUCAGUUAAACUGUAACAGAAUGAGUUCAAAGAGGAAAACUGGUGAUUUGGUGUCGGAGGAAGGGUUUGCUUCGGAAGCAAAGAGGCAGAGAGUGGUGGAGGAGCAGGAGGUGGAGUCAUCUCCAUCGCCGCCGCCUCUUCCAAUUGCGAAUCCUCUUUCGGGAUUAGCGAAUUAUGACGAUGACGAUGAGGAGGAGGAAGAGGAGAGGCAGGGGGCUGAGCAAAAUGGCGGUGGGAAGGGAGUGGAGAAUGGCAAUGGAGAAGAAGAGGAGGAGGAGGAGGAGGAUCAAAUUGAGCAAGGAUAUAGUCAAGGAAGGCGUAACCGUGAGGUUGAGCGCCGGAGGGACUGUCCUUAUCUUGAUACAGUUAAUCGUCAGGUUUUGGAUUUUGAUUUUGAGAAGUUUUGUUCUGUCUCUUUGUCGAAUUUGAAUGUGUAUGCCUGUCUGGUAUGUGGGAAGUAUUAUCAAGGGAGAGGGAGAAAGUCUCAUGCAUAUACUCACAGUCUGGAAGCAGGCCACCAUGUUUAUAUCAAUCUUCAGACUGAGCAGGUUUAUUGCCUUCCUGACGGAUAUGAAAUCGACGACCCCUCAUUAGAUGACAUUCGACAUGUUCUGAAUCCCAGGUUUGCGAGGGAACAAGUGGAACAACUUGACAAGAACAAGCAGUGGUCUAGAGCACUUGAUGGUUCUGAUUACCUUCCAGGAAUGGUGGGGCUUAACAACAUUAAAGAGACAGAUUUUGUGAAUGUCACAAUACAAUCUUUGAUGAGAGUUACUCCUUUAAGGAAUUUUUUCCUUAUCCCUGAAAAUUAUAAACACAGCAAAUCUCCACUUGUUCAUCGAUUUGGAGAACUCACAAGAAAGAUCUGGCAUACAAGGAACUUUAAAGGACAGGUAAGCCCACAUGAGUUUCUACAGGCAAUUAUGAAAGCCAGUAAAAAAAGGUUCCGGAUUGGUGCGCAGUCUGAUCCAGUUGAAUUCAUAUCAUGGCUUCUUAACACACUGCAUGCUGAUCUUAAAACAAAGAAGAAUAGAAGCAUUAUCUAUGAUUGCUUUCAGGGUGAAUUGGAGGUUGUGAAAGAGAUUCAUAACAAAGCUUUCUUGGAGAAGAAAGAAAACAGUGAUGACCAGCAUGCUGCUUCAAAACUCACAGAUGGUGGAAUUGAACAUGAUGCUGUUGUGACAGAAACUUCCAGAAUGCCAUUCUUAAUGCUUGGACUGGAUUUGCCACCACCUCCUCUCUUCAAAGACGUGAUGGAGAAAAAUAUAAUACCCCAGGUUCCACUCUUCAACAUCCUGAAGAAGUUUGAUGGUGAAACUAUCACUGAGGUUGUCCGACCUUGUAUAGCAAGGAUGAGAUACCGUGUUACCAGAUUGCCACAGUAUCUAAUUCUCCACAUGCGUCGAUUUACAAAGAACAACUUUUUUGUGGAAAAAAAUCCUACAUUAGUGAACUUUCCCGUGAAGAACCUAGAGUUGAAGGAUUACAUUCCCUUGCCAACACCUAAGGAGAAUCAGAAAUUGCGUUCAAAGUAUGAUUUGAUUGCCAACAUUGUUCAUGAUGGUAAACCUGGUGAAGGGUACUACAGGGUAUUUGUACAGAGGAAGUCAGAAGAAUUAUGGUAUGAGAUGCAGGAUUUGCAUGUUUCAGAAACACUUCCUCAAAUGGUUGCACUCUCGGAGACUUAUAUGCAGAUUUAUGAACAGCAUCAGUAAUAUAGGAGUUCAAGUCCUCUUGUUAAAUGUUGAUUGGUUGUUUAUCAAGUUUAGGUAAUCAUAGUGUAAUAUUUUUCAAACAGAUUAUGAAACAUCAUAGGAGAAAGGAGAGAAAUUAUUGAGCUUCUUACAUGGUUGAUUUGUCAUAUGGAGGAAGAUUUCCUGAUUGAAGGAAAAGUCGGCCCUAUAGAAAUUGAGGCCCUGUUUCAUCUCCUAAGGUCAGCAAAAGCACCAAUCCGUUUUGCUAGUUUUGACUGUAAAACCAUGCUCACAUUGUCUUGAAGAAAUUCUGAAGGCGAAACUUUAGUGUUAGAAUUUUUGACAGAUCAGUGUUAUUGGUCACUGUUGUUUAGUGAUUAUUUCUUCUAAAUGUCUUUGAUUGUUCAGCUACUACCUGGUGGUCCAAAACUACAAAUAACAUAUUAUGAAGCCGUAGUAUACUGUGCAUAGAUCAGAAUUUUAAGCUUU